AUGCACAACCAUAAAAAUGUGAACGAUAAUUUUCACGUGAUCGAUCUCGACCCUUAUGGAAGUGCUGCUCACUUCUUGGAUGCCGCCGUGCAAAGCGUCGCGGAUGGUGGAUUGCUUAUGGUCACUUGUACCGACGUCGCCGUUUUGUGUGGCAACACUCCCGAGGCUUGUUUCAGCAAAUACGGUUCAGUCUCUCUCAAAUGUCACUGUUGUCAUGAAAUGGCUAUCCGGAUACUGUUGCGCUGCAUUGACUCUCACGCUUUGUGUUAUGGUCGUUACAUCGAGCCACUUUUGUCAAUUAGUGUCGACUUUUACAUCAGGGUUUUCGUUUUGCUGCACUAUAGUCCGUUCAUGGCCAAAGAAUCAUGUCGUAAAAGUGGCAUGGUCUACCAGUGCACAGGCUGUGAAAGUUUGGUGAUUCAGCCGAUGGCACGCAGAGUAAAAACGAAGAAGGGGGGAAUGAAAUACGUUCCAGCGAUGUCUUUCAGUGGUUCACAUGAAUGUGAGAUAUGCGGCUUUAAGAAUCAUGUUGGAGGUCCCAUUUGGACGGAUCCGAUUCAUGAUUUAACCUUUGUAAAAAAGAUGGUGUCUACGUUGGAAGAAUUUGAGCAAGCAGGUUAUAACCUUGGUACAAAAAAGCGGAUCGUCGGACUGUUAAACGUGAUUAUGGAGGAGCUUCAUGAUGUUCCUCUGUACUAUUCUCUUAGUCGGAUGGCAAGCAUCAUUCAUUGCAAAACGCCUCCACAACUUGUUUUAAGAUCUGCGAUUUUGAAUUCUGGAUUUCGAGUGUCAGUUUCCCAUGCGUACGCUAAUUCGGUCAAAACUGAUAUGCCGAACGCUGAACUUUGGGAUGUUUUCCGUUGUUGGGCGAAUAAAGAAUCUGCUAACUCUAAACAUUUGCCCGAAUCUUCGCCUGGUCACGUGAUUAUGAGUCGAGAAGUUAAGUGAGU